AUAAAACCCGGGUUACAAACCCGAAAACUCGGAUGGAAAACAAAAAGUGUACACAAAACUGUGACACGUCGUGUUCAAUUCGAUUCAAUAAUUUUAAACGUCCAGCACACAUCCGUUUUGCCUUCAGCAUUAAAGAAAAAUAAGAAUGGUUUCAUUCUUCUCGAUACUUUCGUGGUUUUGAAAAAAGGUACAAAAGAACAUCUGAGAAUUGAAAGUGUCAUUCAUUUCAUGAAGAAAAGCUAUGUAGCCGGUUGUUGUAUUAUUCCUGCGGUGGUAGAAAGUAUAAAGUGAUCCAACACAAGGACGAGGCAUCGGAGAGGAAAGAUUUAUCAUUUUGCGGAUAACAAAACACUUUUUUUUCCAUCGUCUCUUAAGCGAUCAGCAUAGCGCCGCCUUUUUCCGCGAUUGAUUAUUCCACACACUUUUUUCUUCAGAACAUUACGGUGGGCCUCAGGAGCAGCCGUUGUCUUCUUGGGACAUUAUGAUGUUUGUCCUCUUCGUUUGCCUGGGAAUCGGUUGGACCCUCGGUUUUGGAGUGAUCUGUCUCUUCCUACGACAGAGACUGCAAAAGCGAAAAGGCGUCCAGUCCCAAGGAGGAGAGGAUCGGAUUUCAAUCGGAUUAUUCCAUCCCUACUGCAACGCAGGUAGCGGACAGGAGCGAGUUUUAUGGCAUGUCUUGAAGUGUCUUCAAACCAGGUACCCCAGCUCCCAAUUUAUCCUCUACACCGGGGAUACAGAUGCUGCUCCUGAGGAGAUUCUGGCCAAGGCGAAGGAACGAUUCAACAUCGUGGUGCCCUUCCCUGUGGAGUUUGUCUAUUUACAUAAGCGGAAAUGGGUGGAGGCCUCUUCCUAUCCUCAAUAUUUUACACUUCUGGGACACAGUCUAGGAUCAAUCUACUUGGGCUUUGAGGCAUUGUUCAAAUUUGUUCCUGAUGUUUACAUUGACACGAUGGGCUACACUUUUACCCUUCCACUCUUCAAAUACUUUGGAAACUGCCGAGUUGGCUGCUACAUUCAUAAACCACUUCUCACCUGCGACAUGCUCCAUCGCGUCUCUUCCAUGACUUUUCGAGACUUCCCACGACAAGUGCCGUCGCCCUACUCACCCAGUAACAUGUUGCGACUCUUGUUCUACAAGACGUAUGCAAAAUUCUACGGCUGGGUGGGGCGUAGGAGUGACAUCGUCAUGGUCAACUCGUCUUGGACGGAGGAAAAUAUCAACCAGAUUUGGCAAUGUCCUUCCAAAACGUACCGUGUUUUUCCCCCCUGCGACACGGAGGGGUUUAAAAGCGUGGCGAGAUUAGAGGAUCUUGAUGAUGAGGAUGAUGGUGAUAAUGAUGAGAAUACUACUCGCCCCAUAAAAAUCAUCUCGAUUGGAAACUUUCGCCCGGAAAAGGACCACCCCCUCCAAAUCCGGACGUUGUACCAUUUGCGAGAACUGCUCCGUGACAAGGAGUGGAAUCGUGUGUGCUUGGUCCUGAUUGGGAACUGUCGGGAUAAGACGGACUUGGCUCGUGUGAAAGACAUGGAAGAUUUGUGUAAACACUUGUCGGUCGAGGACAAUGUCAAAUUUCGAGUCAAUAUUUCAUACCAAGAGCUCAAAGCCGAGUUGGCCGAGGGGCUCAUUGGACUGCAUACUACGUGGAAUGAGCAAUUUGGAAUAGGAAUCGUUGAAAGCAUGGCAGCCGGCGUGAUCGUGAUCGCAAACCGUUCCGGCGGCCCCAUGAUGGACAUCGUCAUGGAAUAUGACGGGGCUCGAAACGGAUUUCUAGCCCAGGACGAAACCGAUUACGCCGAAGCGAUUCGAGCCAUCCUUCACAUGACUCGGGAAUGUCGAAAUGCCAUUAAAACGCAAGCAACUGCCUCCGUGGACCGCUUUUCAGACAGACAAUUCAAUAAAGCAUUUCUCGAAGCGGUUCAAGCUUCCUUAUUUCGCUAAAUCGUUGCUCUAAUGGGAAGACCAAGCACGACUCGUUCUCUACUUCUUGUAAAAUAAUAAUAAUAAAUGCACAAGCAAUUUAACCGAAA